AUGUCCCAAAACAACGCGCCACCGCCCUCCUCUCCAUCUCCCACUCCCUCAGCUCCCAGCACCAGCGAUACGGGGCAGCCCCCUUUCGCACAAGGAGCCACUUUCAACUCCGCUGAACCCUUGACAAAGGAGAACACUCCAGACACUCCCAUUGUGAAUUAUAUAACCACCGAUGACUUGUCGAAAGGUGAUGGCGAUAAGCCCGACUUUGCUUCUUCCAUCUUUUGUCCCGAUCAAAGUGAGGUUACAAGCUUGACGUCAGAGUCGAAACGGAUAGUCUCUCCUCUAGUCUCUCCUCAGCCUGGAGUAUCUCAAAGCACGGCAACGUCUGAACAAGAGAGUGCCACAGAACAAGUACCUCUUUCGCCCGAAUCCACCAAACGCGCCAAAAUGUCGCACACCUUCAACGAGUCAUCAUCCUCUUUCACGCCUCCCCCCCAGACCAGUGAGCAGGAUAGCGAUGGGCAGAUGGACAUAGACAAAGAGGGAGACUUGGGUGUGGACCAAGAGCCAGACUCUCCUGUGGUCGCUCCCGUCCCUCUUGCGGAAGAAUCUGAGGAAUGGUGGGACUUGAAGAUGCAGUGGGGUGGCAAGGUGUUUGAUAUCCGAGUCGGCGGGAACGAUAUGGUCUACGACUUUCGCAAAAAGAUCUUUACCCUCACCUCCAUCCCACCGGCCUCUCAGAAACUCAUCAACCUCUCCCCCACUCUCAAAGGCAAGCUGUCUUCGUCCCAUGAUGCUAUGCGCUUUGCGACCCUUCAUAUCAAACACAACCACAAAUUCGUACUUGUGGGCACGCCUGUGGAGGGACGGUUUGUGGACCCUGACAGGGCGGGAUUGGGUGCUGGGCCGGAAGGGGAAGGCGGGGAUGGGGAGUUGGAUGUUGAUUAUGGGGCGGGAAAAGCAAAGGAAAAGAAGGGAGUGAUUGUCAAGCCAGAAGACGACCCUCGAAACAAGAGAAAGAUACAAGAUAUUAUCCGUGACAUCCCUAUCACUAUCAUGAACCAGCCGAGGCAAGGAAAGGGUCUGCUCGUUCUUGAUCUAGACUAUACCAUCGUAGACACCAAACCCCUUCUAUCCGGCGCCCUUCCCCCCGCCGAAUGCGCCCGCCCAGGCCUCCACACCUUCCUCCGGCAGGUGUACGAACACUACGAUGUUGCGGUCUGGUCCCAGACAAGCUGGCGGUGGCUGGAGGCAAAGCUAGUGGAGCUUGGGAUCGUGGGGACGGAGGGGAGCGGGUUUGAGGUUAGUUUUGUUUGUGAUAGGGGGCCAAUGUUUCCGGUCUUUUCGCACAGGAGUGGUCAGGUUGUGAAGCAUGAGGUCAAGCCGCUCGAGUAUAUAUGGGCGUCUUACCCGCAUUGGUCGGCAAAGAACACGGUCCACAUAGACGAUCUAUCACGGAAUUUCGCGAUGAACCCGGGUUCUGGGUUGAAGAUCAAGGCUUUCAACAGUGCUGGUACGGGGCAUGGGGCGAAUGACCGAGAAUUGGUCAGGUUGGGUGAAUAUUUGGUUCGGAUUGCUACGACUGUUGACGAUUUCACGACGUUGGAUCAUGGGGUGAGUCUAUAG